UGUGCUGGACUAGUCACAGGACAUGGAUCACAGGGUGUGCUGUGCUCACAUCCUCAGGACCAGACUGGUGUCCCCCAGGACUGGGCUGCCCUCAGCCUGCUUCUCUUCCCACAGGAUCCGUCCGCAGCUGCCCAAAGAGAAGAUAGAGGGAUGUCACAUCUGUACCUCGGUGACACCUGGCGAGCCCCAGGUGCUGCUGGGGAAGGACAAGGCCUUCACCUAUGACUUUGUCUUUGACCUGGACACGUGGCAGGAGCGGAUCUACACAACGUGUAUGGGGAAGCUGAUCGAGGGCUGCUUCGAGGGCUACAAUGCCACUGUGCUGGCCUACGGGCAGACUGGCGCAGGGAAGACCUACACCAUGGGCACGGGUUUCGACGUGAGCAUCUCGGAGGAGGAGCAGGGCAUCAUCCCACGGGCCAUCAGCCACCUCUUCAGCGGCAUCGAGGAGCGCAAGCGGGCGGCCCAGAGCCAGGGCGUGGCAGCACCCGAGUUCAAAGUCAGCGCCCAGUUCCUGGAGCUCUACAACGAGGAGAUCCUGGACCUGUUCGACAGCAACCGCGACCCCGACGCACGCCACCGCAAAUCCAACAUCAAAAUCCAUGAGGAUGCCAGCGGGAGCAUCUACACCACGGGGGUCACAUCACGCCUCAUCAGCUCCCAGGAUGAGCUGAUCCAGUGCCUAAAACAAGGAGCUCUUUCCCGCACCACCGCCAGCACCCAGAUGAACGUGCAGAGCUCCCGGUCCCAUGCCAUCUUCACCAUCCACCUGUGCCAGACGAGAGUGUGUGCCCGCCCAGAGCUGGUGAACGAGGAGGUGAGCAGCCUUCUGGAUGGAUCCCAGCCUGCUGCUGAGUACGAGACCUUGACAGCCAAGUUUCACUUUGUGGACCUGGCUGGCUCGGAGAGGCUGAAGCGGACGGGCGCCACUGGCGAGAGAGCCAAGGAAGGGAUCUCCAUCAACUGUGGGCUGCUGGCCUUGGGGAAUGUCAUCAGUGCCCUUGGAGACCAGAGCAAGAAAGUCGUGCACGUGCCCUACCGUGACUCCAAGCUCACCCGCCUGCUGCAGGAUUCCCUCGGGGGCAACAGCCAAACCAUCAUGAUUGCCUGCGUGAGCCCCUCUGACCGGGAUUUCAUGGAGACCCUGAACACGCUCAAGUACGCCAACCGGGCUCGCAACAUCAAGAACAAGGUGGUGGUGAACCAGGACAAGACGAGCCAGCAGAUCAGCGCCCUGCGCGCCGAGAUCGCCCGGCUGCAGAUGGAGCUGAUGGAGUACAAGGCAGGCAAGCGGGUGAUCGGGGAGGACGGUGUCGAGGGCUACAGCGACCUGUUCCGCGAGAACGCCAUGCUGCAGAAGGAGAACAGCGCCCUGCGCAUGAGGGUGAAGGCCAUGCAGGAGGCCAUCGAUGCCAUCAACAGCAGGGUCACCUACCUCAUGAGCCAGGAGGCCAACCUGAUGCUGGCCAAAGCAGGUGAUGGAAACGAGGCCAUCGGCACCCUCAUCCAGAACUACAUCCGCGAGAUCGAGGAGCUGAGGACGAAGCUCCUGGAGAGCGAGUCCAUGAACGAGUCCCUGCGCCGCAGCCUGUCGCGGGUCUCUGCCCGGCCGCCCUUCUCCUCUCCGGCCCCCGGCCUGGCCGGGCUCUGCAGCCCCGCGGCCCCGCUGGACACCGAGGCCUCUGAUGUCCUCCGCCGGGCCAAGCAGGACCUGGAGCGCCUGAAGAAGAAGGAGAGGCGGCAGCAGAGGAAGAGCCCGGAGAAGGAAGCGUUUAAGAAGCGGCAGAAACUGCAGCAGGACAAUGGGGAGGAGACGGAUGAGAACGAGGUGGAAGAGGAGGAGGAAGAGCAGGAUGAGAGCGGCUGUGAGGAGGAGGAUGGGCGCGAGGAUGAAGAUGAGGACUCGGGCAGUGAAGAGAGCCUGGUGGACUCAGACUCGGAUGCGGAGGAGAAGGCCGUGAAUUUCCAGGCCGACCUGGCGGAUCUGACCUGUGAGAUUGAGAUCAAGCAGAAGCUGAUUGAUGAGCUGGAGAACAGCCAGAGGCGUUUGCAGACCCUCAAGCAUCAGUAUGAGGAGAAGCUGAUCCUACUGCAGAACAAGAUUCGAGAUACACAGCUGGAGCGGGACCGGGUCCUGCAGAACCUCAGCACCAUGGAGUGCUACACAGAGGAGAAAGCCAACAAGAUCAAGGCAGACUAUGAGAAGCGGCUGAAGGAGAUGAACAGGGACCUGCAGAAGCUCCAGGCAGCCCAGAAGGAGCACGCUCGCCUGCUCAAGAACCAGUCCCGCUAUGAGCGCGAGCUGCGGAAGCUGCAGGCAGAAGUGGCCGAGAUGAAGAAGGCAAAGGUGGCUCUGAUGAAGCAGAUGCGGGAGGAGCAGCAGCGGCGGCGGCUGGCGGAGACCAAGAGGAACCGGGAGAUCGCGCAGCUCAAGAAGGAGCAGCGCAGGCAGGAGUUCCAGAUCAGGGCUCUGGAAUCUCAGAAGCGACAGCAGGAAAUAGUGCUGCGGAGGAAAACCCAGGAGGUGUCCGCACUGCGCCGCCUGGCCAAGCCCAUGUCGGAGCGGGUGGCGGGCAGGAUGAGCCAGAAGCCGGCCAUGCUGGACUCGGGCGCAGAGGUCUCGGCCAGCACCACCUCCUCCGAGCCCGAGUCUGGCACUCGCUCCGUCUCCAGCAUCGUGCGCCAGUGGAACAGGAAAAUCAACAAUUUUCUGGGAGACCCCUCGUCCUCCAUUAAUGGGGCUCGGCCUGCCAGGAAGAAGUUCCCCAAGAAGGGGACAAGCCAGACCUUCAGCAAAGCUGCCCGCCUCAAGUGGCAGUCCCUGGAGCGGCGCAUCUUCGACAUUGUCAUGCAGAGAAUGACCAUCAUCAACCUAGAGGCAGACAUGGAGAGGCUCAUCAAGAAACGUGAGGAGCUGUCACUGCUGCAGGAGGCGUUGCUGGGCAAGCGGGCAAAGCUGCAGGCAGAGAGCCCCAAGGAGCAGAAGGGUCUGCAAGAGCUGAACGAGGAGAUUGAGGUGCUGGGGGCCAACAUUGACUAUAUCAAUGACAGCAUUUCAGACUGCCAGGCCACCAUCAUGCAGAUUGAGGAGACCAAGGAGGAGCUGGACUCCACAGACACCUCGGUGGUGAUCAGCUCCUGCUCCCUGGCCGAAGCCCGGCUGCUGCUGGACAAUUUCCUGAAAGCGUCCAUCGACAAGGGGCUGCAGGUGGCCCAGAAGGAGGCCCAGAUCCGCCUGCUGGAGGGGCGCCUGCGGCAGUCGGACGUGGCCAGCUCCUCGCAGAACCACGCUCUGCUGGACGCCCUGCGCGAGAAGGCAGAGUCACACCCCGAGCUGCAGGCCCUGAUCCACAACGUCCAGCAAGAGAAUGGCUACACCAGCACGGACGAGGAAGUCUCAGAGUUCAGCCUGGCCUCAGAUGGGAGCAUCUCUCAGUCCUUCACCAUGAAGGGCUCAGCAAGCCAGGAUGAUUUCAAAUUCAAGGGAGAGCCCAAGCUUUCGGGGCAGAUGAAGGCGGUGUCAGCCGAGUGUCUGGGACCCACGCUGGACGUCUCCACCAAGAACAUCACCAAGUCCUUGGCAUCCCUCAUGGAGAUCAAAGAGGACAGGAUUGGCUUCUCCAUCCGAGACCCCUACUACAAGGAGAAGGUGUCACGCACCAUCAGCCUGCCCACGCGAGGAAGCACCUUUCCCAGGCAGUCCCGGGGCUCGGACACGUCCCCUCUGACAAGGAGGAAAUCCUAUGACCGUGGGCAGCCUGCCAGGCCUGCAGACAUUGGCUUCACACCACCCUCGUCCCCACCCACCCGUCCGCGCAAUGACCGCAACGUCUUCUCCCGUCUCACGAGCACCCAGAGCCAGGGAUCUGCCUUGGACAAGUCUGAUGACAGCGAUUCCUCUGUCUCGGAGGUGCUGAGGGGCAUCAUCAACCCGGUGGGUGGCACCAAGAAUGCCAGGACAGCCCCACUGCAGUGUGUCUCGGUGGCAGAGGGACACACCAAGCCUGUGCUCUGCCUGGAUGCCACCGAUGAGCUGCUCUUCACUGGCUCCAAAGACCGGAGCUGCAAAAUGUGGAACCUGGUGACAGGCCAGGAAAUCGCUUCUCUCAAGGGUCACCCCAACAAUGUGGUUUCCAUCAAGUACUGCAGCCACACGGGGCUGGUGUUCACCGUGUCCACGUCGUACAUCAAAGUGUGGGACAUCCGCGACUCGGCCCGCUGCAUCCGCACCCUCACGUCUUCUGGGCAGGUGAUGUCUGGGGAUGCGUGUGCUGGGACCACCACCCGCACCGUCACCAGCGUGCAGGGGGAGCACCAGAUCAACCAGAUCGCUCUCAACCCCUCGGGCACCGCGCUCUACGCCGCUGCCGGCAACUCCGUCCGCGUCUGGGAGCUGAGCAGGCUGCAGCCCGUGGGGAAGCUGAGUGGCCACAUCGGGCCUGUGAUGUGUCUCACAGUGAACCAGACGGCGAGCAACCACGACCUGGUGGUCACAGGCUCCAAAGAUCACUACGUCAAGGUGUUUGAGAUCACAGAGGGCAUGGUGGGCAAUAUUGGCCCCACUCACAACUUCGAGCCCCCUCACUACGACGGCAUUGAGUGCCUGGCCAUCCAGGGAGAUGUCCUCUUCAGCGGCUCCAGGGACAACGGCAUAAAGAAGUGGGAUCUGGAGCAGCAGGAACUUAUCCAGCAAAUCCCCAAUGCCCACAAAGACUGGGUCUGUGCCCUGGCCUUCAUCCCCGGGCGCCCCAUGGUGCUGAGCGCCUGCCGAGGCGGCGUCAUCAAGGUCUGGAACGUGGACACCUUCACCCCAGUCGGGGAGAUCAAGGGGCACGACAGCCCCAUCAACGCCAUCUGCACCAACUCCAAGCACAUCUUCACUGCCUCCAGCGACUGCCGGGUAAAGUUAUGGAAUUACGUGCCUGGGCUCACCCCUUGCCUUCCACGACGCGUCCUUGCCAUAAAGGGCCGUGCUACUAGUCUGCCUUGACCCUCCUGCUCUUUGACUCUCUUGCUCAUAUGCUCUUCUUCCGUCUCUCCUUCCCUUUUCCCUCCAUCUCUCCCUCCCUGUCCCUCUCACUGUUGCUUUUGCUCCUCUCUCUUCCCCCCCCCCCCCCCACCUCUUUUUCUCUGGUCUGAGCUGCUUCUUCACGGUAUGAAACUAUUCUGAGUUUUUCCCCACUUGAUAAGUCUUUGUUAGAAUGGACUCGCCCCCUUGUCCCAGUCAUAGCCCUGCCUUGGUUUCACUUGCUUUUUGGUUUUUUUUCCUCACCAAGCGCCCACAUCUACUUUGGCAACUCUGUGGGAAGCCAUGGCCUGCCCGUGCCUUUGCAUGGAUAGUGGGUUGGGAGUCAGCAGCCACCCCCAAAUCAGCCCCAGGAGCAAAGCAGCUCCCUGGGUGUCACUGCUGGGCCCUAGCUGGAGCUCAUUCGAGGUGGGAAGGAGUCCUGGAGUGGGGUCAGCCCUGGAGGUCACCAUUUCCCUUUGUCCCCAGCUGCUGCCAGUGGGGUGAGCUGGAGGCUGAGCCCCACUGGGCCUGCCUUCUCCCCAAAGUGCAUCAGACAAGCUCCUGCCAGGGGAAAAGGGCCUGGAAGCUCGGGGGGCUGCAUGCUGCCGUGGUGGGGGACGGGGGAUGGUGCCCCUGGGGUCCUGCCCCGACCCCUGGGUCAUGCUGUCCCUCUCACCUUUGUUCCUCAGCGACUUGACAGUGAAGCUCUGGAGUGGGAGGAGGUUGCCUGCGGGGUCAAACUAGGAACUGCAGAAAGACUGGAAGGCGUGGGGCAGGGUGAAGGUCAGGGUGCCUCCCCCUGCUAUCAGGACUCGGUCAUCUGCAGGAGCUCAGCCCAGGACAGGGAUUUCUCUGUGCCUGACCCAACGGGGUGGACAAUGCUGCACCUGGUCCUUUGAACGCUGUCAGCUCCUGUGAGGGAGCAGCUCUGUGGGGCACCAGCAGCUCCACCUGCCCUCCAGCUGAGCUUUCUCCAUGGUUCUCCAGUGAACAGGAAAUGUUUCGUCUCUCCUCUCACCCAUCCUGCUGUAAGGACUUGUGGGGGUCAGAGAUCCCUGAUUCCUUCUCAGAGACACCCAGUUCCCUCCUGCCACUGUGGGCUCACGUGGCCUCUGCCGUGCUGUGCUGCUCCUGGGCUGGUUCCUGCAGGAGUCUGUCUCCACUCCACGAGGACAUUUGGUGUCUGCUGGCCAGGACCACAACACAGAGGGUGCUUCUCUGGAGCCAUUGCUUGUGACACCUCAGCUGUGGGGACCACAGAGGGAUUUCCUGGUACUCCUAGCCUUCCCUGUCCUCUGUGGUUAGAGGGGUGCACCUCUGAGCUCCUUUGCCAUGUUCCCUCUCGUGAGGCACGGCAAGCCUGGGAAGAUCUCCAUCGGGCAACUUCCAGACAGACCUGCUGCAGUUCCCUUUGACAUUCUCCAAACCCCAGAAACUCAACUGCCCCAUGGCUCUGGGCUCUUCCCCACCUGCCCAGCCUGCUCUGAACAUCGUGAUCCCCAUCAGGGGUUUGUGGUGGGUUUCAGCAGCAAGUUAACCUCCUUGAGAUGGAGAAAUGAACCAAGAAUGGAGGUUACAGGGCAAAAAAGCCAAGGCUGUAUUUGUCACCCCACUGCUGUGGCUCUGUCCUUCCCUGAGGUUCUGUCCCCAGACCUCUGCCUGGACUGGAGCUUGCCCAGGUUGGGCCUGCUGGCCUGCAUGGAUCCCAGGAUGGAGAGGACCCAGCAGGAGCAGAGGGGCAGGGGCUGCACACCUGACCUUGCACACGCCCCCUGAUUCCCCCUGUGCUCGAAGGACAAUCCUGCAGUGGGUGAUCUUGCACAAUCUCAUCUCCUUGAGGGUCUGGGGGCUCCACCCAGGAGUGUUUCCCCAAGGAUGAACAUUCUCUAGGCUCUUUCCUGUCUCUCCUGUUCAAGGGGGGCUGGUAAGGCCCUGGUCUCACACUGGAGCUUCCCUCCAUCUCUCCUGUGGCCCACUGGACCAUCCCCUGCUCUGUUCUGCCCCGGGCCACCCAGGGCUCUUGUGGGAUGGCCAAGGAGACCCCAGGAGCGUGUUCUUGCCUCACACGCUCUCCUGUCCUCUUUGUCACAGAAGAAGCAGCACUUGAACUCAAAUUUAAGGAUUUCUCCAUGUGAUCCCAUGGAUCUUGAGCACUGAACUGGGAUCUUGGAGGCCAGGGGCUCCAGGACCUGCCCCAUAAAGCACAGACCAUUUCCCCUCUGCUCUCCAACCACGGUGAUACCUUGACAAGCCCCAGGUCAUCUGCCACCAGCCCUUGUUCCAAGUAUUCUGGCUGGAGUGAGGGGAUUCCUCUGCAUCAUGAAAGAAGGAGUAUCUUUAUUGAUUUGGUGGGGGAGGGGGUUGCCUUUUUUGGGAAAAUUCCAUCCUGCUGUCUUGCCUUGUUGGAGGGUAAAUGGUACGUGUGUGUGUGUGUGUGUGUGUGUGUGUGUGUGUGUGUGUGUGUGUGUGUGUAACCCUGCCCAGGACAGUCUCUGGUCCCCUGGGAAUGUGGCUGAGCCCUGGUGACUGUGUUGGGACACCCAUCCUGUGUGUGACCUGUGGAACUGAGGCUACAGAGACCCUUCACCACCCAGUAGCACACAGAUGGGGGUCUGGAGGAGGUGUCUCCCCCCAAGCCUGUCUUGGAGAGGGUUUCUGCACUUGUUGCUCAGCUGGUUUAUCCUUUGUGUGGCUGGAGGGGCUCUGUGUGUGUGUGUGGGGUGUCUCUGGCAGAGUUUGGCUGUGAGUGGUGUUGUGUGUGAGUCUCUGUCUGCUCUGAGAUCUCCAGUGCCUGCCCUGGAGCCUUCACUGCUCCCUGCUGCCGUGGGGGAAGGGUCACACCUGCCUUCCUUGUGCCACCAACACCUUGCUGUGUGCAGGCUGCAAGUGCCUGUUUUGUUCAGGGCUGAGUGAGCAGUCCUGGAUGAUGCUGAGCCUCUCUUGCUGCUGUAUCCAGCAGUGCUUUGAGGGGCUUCAAGGCUCUCCCAGCCCAUGGAGGGAGAGAGCUGAUGCUGAGGCAUUGGUGUCCUGAGGCAGGGGGGGUUUGAAGUGAGAGCUGUCCUGAUUUAGGAAUAGUAUUCUCCAAUUUAGUGCUCCCACUGAAACUGUGCACCCAUCCCCAUCCCCAGCAGGGUGCAGAGGGGAAUUGCAGGCACAAAAGAUGAGGAUCAGGGGUUGAGAUAAGAGCAAUUUACUGGAAACAGCCCUGAGAUAGAAAACAGUAAAACAGCAACAAUAUUAAUAACAAAAGUAUAAAAAAGAGAGAAUGAUUCACAUGCAGAAUGGAGCCCAUGACCUGACUGCAGGCCUGCUUCCAGAAGAGAAGAGAUGUGUUCUGCCCCUGUGUAUCUCAGUGUCAGCAGGGUACAUUGUUUGUAAAGCCUUAUACUCCUGUGGAUCUGCUGUGCCAGCCUUGGACCUGCACUGAGCCCGUUGCUGCUCUCCCCACCUGGCUGGAGCCCCUCUGGCUCUUAUGGCACUCACUGCUCACUUCUUGCAGGGGGAGGAAGUGCCCACUGGAAACUGGAGUGGUAUUUAUUCUUGGAGCAUUUCCUGCAGUUGUUUUUCCUCUCAGCUCACACAGCCAUGCUGCCAGGGUGGGUUUCCCAUCCCACUUGCUCUUGUCCUGCAGGUAAAACCAUAGCUUGCCUUGUAGUGUGUCCCCUCUCUCUCAAGAGGGGGACAGUUGCUCCCAACAGCAGAGACUGCUCUGUACCAGUGGCACAUGGGACAUUUCCUCACUCCAUGGGCUGCUCCACAGUCAGUCUUUUUACACAGUUGAGACACAGCUUGGUAGGAAGGAAAAGAGAUGAUCUUGAUCAUCAGAGUUGGGGAAGCCACCUUUAAACACUGUUCUCCUGAUGCCAUCAGUGCCAAUGAGCCUGUGCUCUGUACACCCUUCUGCCACACGGACUGUGCACACUGGACCCCCCCUGCAUCCACAGGGCACUGCUGGUUAUUUGAAUCCCUGGGGAUUCCCUCUAGCACAGCCCAUUCCCUCAGGCACUGGCUGCCUUCUCCGUGGUGUUCCACCUGCUUGGGUGCACUACUCGAUCAUCCUUGAGGGAAUACCUUUCCCUCGAGACAGGAGUUGGCUCCAGAGGCUGGGAGUGUCUGUCCCCAGUCCCCUCAUACUGCUCACAUCCCAGACAGGGAUCCCAGUCCUGGCUUCACUCCCAGCUGGUUCCAUAGCGUGGGCUGCUGUAUCCCAGUGACCCGACUGGCAGCUGCCAUCCCUUCACAUCUCAGCUCACCUGGGGAUAGGGACUGGGUCAUUAUCUCCAUUAUCUCCAGCCCUGCCUCUUCCUCCUGUUGUGAGGGCCCUGCUUCCUCCUUACCCCUCUCUAUGCAAACUGAUUUGCUCUUGGAUUUCUUUUUCUGUAUGGGGGUGACUGCUGCCAGCACUGCUUGUUCCCGUGGUUCAGGUGCAGUUUGAGUGGCCAGGGUGCUCUGCUUCCCUCUCCUCCCCCUGAGGGUGCUGUCUGGUGAAAAGCAGUGUCUGAUAAAUGCUGAGCAGGGCCCAGCACUCUGCAGUGAGUCUCUCCUUGCUGGAGCUGCCACAGCAUUCUCCUUGUGAGUGCUCUGUCACUUCUACAGCCUCUUGUUCAGGGGGACACUUCCAAACCACUGGAGGAGAGAAUUUCUUCCAAAAGUGGCCCAUUUUCUCCCACAUUCCAUGCCAGUCAUGACUAGUCCCCAUCAGGGUCAAUCUCUGAAUAACCUCCUUAGAGAUUUCUUUCUUGAAUCCAAAGAUUAUGUGGACUGUACUAAGGAGAUCUGGCAAAAAUACAAUUUCCUUAGCAUCCAAAGGGAAUUCAGAACCUCAAAAGCUGUUUUAACAGGCCUCAAGGAGGAAGAGAGGGUACAAGACUGGGGGAAAUAAUCCUCCCCUGUUCCCCCCGUGGGUUGCUCAUGCUGGUUAUUAAUGGACUCCCAAAGGCAGUGCCUGAGGUAAGGGUAGAAGAGCAACACCCAAGACAUAUCCCAAAUGUCUCUCAUUGCCCCUGAUGUUAUCAUAUCAUAAACUGAUAUCCCACAGUCCAUCAGCAGAGCAAUCCUGAUCCCUGUCCCUGCUGUGAGAAAGAGCACUGUGAUGGGAACCUGGAGAAAUGGGUACAGGCUUAGGUACCCACAUGAGCAGACCAAGUGACAUUUUGACCCAUGGCUCAGUAGCUAAUACAGAAAAUGUUUAAAUGAAAUUUGUUUCCAACCCACUCUGGGCAGAUCUGUUGUUAUCUCAACCAUUCAAGCCCUACCUUGGAUGCCAAAAAAAAAAGCUGUUGUGGUUUAGGAAUGGUAUUAAUGUAGUGUUCCCACUACAACUGUGUGCUGCCACAGCCCCCACCUCCUUCCUUCCCCACGGUGGAAUGGAGAAGAGAAUUGAAGGCACAAAAGGUAAAAACAUCACAGGAACAAUUGACUGGAAACAGCAGUGAGAGAAGGAAAAUUAACAAUAUUAGUGACAGAAGUGUACAAAAGAGAGCAAAUCAUGCAAAAUGCUCACCAAAGUGCACACUGCCCUGAAUGGAAGAGAUCCCUUCUCCCUGGAAGAGACUCCCUUCCCCCUGCCCCAGCAAUGAUGUGAGGUGGCACAGAAGAACCUCUGGGUUCUGGCCACAUCCCCUCCUGGCUACUGCAAAAAUUAACUCUGUCCUGGCUGGAACCAGGGCAGGGGUGACUGUGAUCCCUUAGCUCUGUGUGUCUGUGUGUGUGUGUGUUUAGGUCUUGGUACCUGUGUGGGUUGAUGUUUCUCAUGCAGAAGAGCAUUUUUUGGGUGUUGAUCUGGUUUAGCUACCUCACGGUGCAAGCUGGGUGCUGUCGUCAUUUGGUUUCAUAUUGGGGAUGGGGUGGGGAGUUUGUGGUGUAAGACUUUGUUUUUCUUUUUCCUCUUAAUUAUUGUUAUUGCUAUGGUUUUGACACUUGAAUUCAUCCUGGGGACAAGUGGCCUCACUCCCACUUUGCUGCAUGUCUGAGCCACCCCUUGUGUGUCCCCUCCCUGCCCCCUCCUGGGCAGGGCAGCAGGGCUGGAGUCCCCUGCACUGCCAGCUCCCACCUUUGCAGUGGGAUCCCCCAGCAACACCGAGAUUUUGCUCCCAUUUCCAGUGGGAAGCGUGGUCUGAGGAUCUGUGGUGUUGCUGUUGGUUAUUUGGCUGAUUGGCAGCCUGGAUGUGGCUCCCAUCUUGUCCCGUGGAAGGGAGGAAAGGGGACUGAAAGGCUCAGCUCAGCCCCCUUUGCUCUCACAGAUACUCUCUGUGGAUGGGAUGGAUUUCUCCACUGGGAAAUGUCUGUGCAAAGCACAUUGCUGGAAUGGGCUGGCUCUAGCAGCACUUCCCAGAGCCUGCUGCAGCUGCAGGGCAGCAGGGACUCGGUGCUGUGAAAGCCUCUGCGAGAAGCUGGUUCUGGUGUGUGAUGUUUGAUUUUUCACUCCCAACAAACGUAGAUUCAGUCCCAGGCACUGAACAUAAGCGAGGGCAGCCCUGGAGCCCCCAGCUCACCCUGCCUGAGGCUGCCCUGGCACAGGGACACUGGGGAGCUCUGAGCCACACGGUCAGUUUGGGGUGCAGGUCCUCCCAAACAGUAAAGCACAAGGUCCCCAUGGGUCUGGGAGGGGUGGCCCCUUGGACUCUGCCCUUCAGAUGGGACCACGGGCUGGGACAGCCGAGGAAGAGGAGGAGGAGCACUGGGAUGAAGGCUCUCUGCUGUGGGUGAGCUGUUCCAUGCCUUUGCACUGUGCUGCUCCCUGGAGCUCAGGGGCAUGGCUGCACAACUGAAAUCCCCUCUGGUGGUCUCAGAGCCCCUCUGAGAGCCCCUCCAGGGCGAGGACGCUUUGGAGCUGCCUUUGUACCACACACCUCAUUUUUCCUUGCCCUUGGGCGCCUUGAUUUGUGACAGGGGUGUGAUCAUACCUGCAAUCUUUCCUCAACUUGCUGGGUUAUGCUUUUUCCCCCAGGGCCUAAUUCUUGCUCUGGGGGUCUCCUCACCCCCAGCACUCAGGAGCCAGCUCCAGCCUCUGCAGAGGGUGCAGGGCUGCCCCAUAGCAGAGCUUUGCACAUCUGGGGUGAACGAGAGUCAGGAGCCUAAAAGCACUGGAUCCUCAAAGCACUGUGAGCCCUCCUGAGCAGUGUCCCCUCCCUGUCACCUACAGCUCUGAUGACGCAGGAUGGGCUGGCCAGCUGCAGUAAUGGCAGCUCUGGGGUCCCAUCCUGUCCCCCCCAGGUGCAUUGUUCCUCCCCACCUCUGAGCACAGCUGCUUUGGGGUCUCAGUUGCUGCCUCCUGCCUUGGUGCCACAAAUCCAGUGCCUGCUUCCCACGGUGCUCCCCCAGUGCCCCACACCUUCCCCUGCCCCACACUGGAAAGAGUCCAGGUACGAUCCCUGCCAAGCACAGAGCUCCAGCUUGCUUUCCACAGGCUCCCUGGAGCUUCACUGUCUCUUGCAGGCUGCAUGUCCUUCAGAGCCCCCCCUCACCCUUCUGGGAAGGGCCGAGGACCCCCAGCCCCUCCAGGUGCUGCGUGGUGCUCCAGCUGUAACUGGGACAGAGGCCAGCACAGACCCAACUCCCAGUACAGCCCUGCACCUUCCUCCUGCCCCAGGGCUUGUCCCCUCAUCCAUCACAGCUCUGCCCCGCUUCCUCCCAAUUGCUCCUCCUGGCCUGGGACCCCCAGGUCCAGCCCCACAAGGCUGGGGCAGCUGCAGCACUGUGUCACCUGCUCCGUCACUCCUUUCCGCACAAGGAGCACAACAGCAGAUGCCUUUUCACACUCGGAGCUUUAUCCAGAGGCCAGCUGCUCUGAAGGCUGGUGUUGUCUCUGUGGGGGUUGUGCAGCCCAGCCCGGGUCUGGGUUUGUCAGAGCACGAGGUGUGUGCGUGUGUUUUAUACCUUGCUGUGUUCCUGUAAAUAGUGUAAGUUAUUGUGGUCUCCUGCUGUACGUUUUUCAAUGGCUGUGUUUGUUUCUUGCCUUUUUGUCUUUGCAAAUAAAACGUUCUUGACAUGAA